CGUUGUCGUAUCAGAAAUGAUUUACGAUACCCUUGUUUAUUAAAUUUUUUAGCAACUAUUAAAAACGCAUUUACCAUUUUUCCCUCAGUCCCCAGCGCAUCUUUAAGAUAAGAUGUCUGAAGUUCCAGAAAAUGCACCAGAACAUUGUCCAGGAACAGGGAGUGAAGAUGCUGGGAAGGCAUCGGCAUGUCAAGGAUGCCCAAAUCAGAAUAUAUGCAGCAGUGCUAAACCCACUAUAGACCCAGCUGUUGCAGAGAUCAAGGAGAGAAUGUCUUCAGUGAAACACAAGCUGCUGAUACUGUCUGGGAAAGGUGGCGUUGGCAAGAGUACGUUCACCUCUCACCUCGCGAGGGGAAUGGCUCGAGAUGAAGACACACAGGUUGCUGUUUUAGAUAUUGAUAUCUGCGGACCGUCUAUACCAAGGAUUAUGGGAUUGAAUAACGAACAGGUGCAUCAGAGUGGUUCAGGAUGGUCCCCUGUGUAUGUAGAUGACAAUCUAGGUGUUAUGUCUGUUGGAUUCUUGCUCAAUAGUCCCAAUGAUGCUGUCAUUUGGAGAGGACCUAAGAAAAAUGGUUUAAUCAAGCAAUUCUUACGAGACGUCGACUGGGGAGAUGUUGAUUACUUGGUGGUAGACACGCCCCCUGGUACCUCCGAUGAGCAUCUGUCUAUCGUCCAGUACUUGAAAGGAGCCGGGGUGGAUGGAGCUGUUAUAAUCACCACUCCUCAGGAAGUCUCGUUGAUGGAUGUGAGGAAAGAGAUCAGUUUCUGUCGUAAAGUACAGGUUCCGAUCAUAGGGGUGGUGGAGAAUAUGAGUGGCUUUGUCUGCCCCAAAUGCAAGAAUGAAUCCCAGAUAUUUCCUCCUACAACUGGUGGAGCAUCCAAGAUGUGUGAAGAUCUCAAGAUUCCACUCCUUGGGAAACUCCCUCUUGAUCCUAGAAUAGGAAAAUGCUGUGAUGAGGGGAAUUCAUUCUUUGAUGAGGUACCGGAUUCACCAGCCACUCAAGCUUAUCUAGAGAUCAUUCAAAGGGUGAAAUCAUACUGUGCAAAGGAAGAGACAAUGGAUUGCACAUGACGGAAGGAUGAAUAAAAUUCUAUGAACAAACUGGACAGUCUGUCAGCCAUGUUUGGAUUGAAUACAGUGGACGACUGUGGAGUCCAAAUGUAGUGAAGUAAUAACUUAUAUCAUGGAUAUAUGAAUUUUAUCAUAAUGAUAAUCAAAGGAACCUCCUGUUGCAUUUCCAUUUCUGGAUACGUUUGUUGAUAUCAGAGAUGCCAGUUUUCAGGCUUUUUCCUGUUUUGAGGCCCUUAUUUACAACUUUACAGGCUUUAUAAUGUACGGCACACAUGGAGCUUUUGGCAUGUUCUGGCUUCGUUUCAUUUCAGGCCUAGCGAGUAAAACUGAUUGUACAACGCUUACUUAGCUUGUAUGUGAGAAAAUUGGAGAGUGACUGUCAAACAUUUGUAUCAUUGUGCACACGAUGUACCAUCCAAACUUUACCGUUGCACGGCUUUAGGAGGUGAUGUCACAAUACGAUUCGAUUUCAGUGCGCUCAGUAAAAAUAUGAAGGUGAAAUGCGCGUAAGCCUGCUGGCGCAAUGCUGCCCGAAGCCAUGUGCACUUGUGGGAUUUUGCUUUUCGCUUUCAAUGUUUUUGCUCCCUUAUCAUAGAUUACUGCAGGGAAAACUCUUUUUUUUUUUUUUAAUU